AUGCAGAACGCUCCCAAGAAACCCGACCACACGGUGAAGCGGCGCAAGAAGUCCAAGGCCGACCGCGCGAAGAACAGUGGAUUUGACGAGGUCCUCCAAGCCGAUAUCGACAAGCUUCUCCGGAAGAAUCAACCGGAGAGCGAGGUUCGCGCAGACUCGCCCGAUGAAACUGAUACGCCAACCUUACCGGAGACCUUCACCGAGAUUGAAGUCAAGGUCGCGGAGCUGUCCUCCACUGGAGAUGGACUCGCGCUGUCUGAAGCGGGCGACCACAUCUACGUCGUUCCCUUCACCGUCCCCGGAGACAAAGUGCUGGUCAAAGUCGUGCGGCAUUUCCCUCAACUAUCGUACAGUCUGACGGACUUUCUCAAAGUCAUCGAACCGGGCCCGCAGCGCAACGACGCCGGCAUUGGAUGCCAGUACUUUGGAAAGUGUUCUGGCUGCCAGCUGCAGAUGAUGUCCUACGAGGACCAGCUGGCGCACAAGAAGCGCAUCGUCGAGAAAGCCUACGCCAACUUCUCCGGCCUCAUUCCAGAGCUCGUCCCCGCCAUUGGCGACACCUUCCCCUCCCCGAUGCAAUACGGAUACCGCACGAAGUUGACGCCGCACUUUGCUGCCCCCGGCGGCAGCGGCAGAGGGAAGAAGAAGGCUCCCUCCGGCCCGGUCACCGAGGUGCCGGCCAUCGGCUUCACAUACAAGAACCGACGUACGGAUCUGGACAUCGAGGACUGUCCAUUGGGCACGGACAUCGUGCGCCGCGGCCUGAAGAGUGAACGGAAGAGAGUCGCCGAGAACAUCAACUCGUACAAAAAGGGCGCCACGUUGCUAAUGCGCGAAUCCACCCUUCGCACCCCCAAGGACGGCGUCGACAUCACAAUCCCCCAACCAACUCUCCCCGAGAACGGACCAGGCAAGGAGUCCGGCGAUGUCAUCCGCACCGAGCACGACAAGUACACCGAGGAGAAGCGCUGCGUCACCGACUCCAACGCCACCUCCGUCGAGUACAUCGACAACUACGUCUUCACCAACAAGGCCGGCGCCUUCUUCCAGAAUAACAACUCCAUCCUCUCCGGCUUCACCGAAUACAUCCGCCAACACGCCCUGCCAAAGGAUAACCAAGACGACCCCAAACCCAUCAAAUACCUCCUCGACGCUUACUCCGGCUCCGGCCUGUUCACCAUCACCCUCUCGCCGCUCUUCCGCUCCAGUCUGGGCGUCGACGUCGCCGAACAAUCCAUCGUAUCAGCCCGCGAUAACGCCCGCGCCAACUCCCUGCCCAACACCGGUUUCGCCGCUGCCGAUGCUGCCACCCUGUUCAAGGACGUCCCCUAUCCCGCGGAGCAGACGCUGCUGGUCAUUGAUCCGCCCCGCAAGGGCUGCAGCGACGACUUCCUCCGCCAGCUGCUGUCCUUUGGUCCGCGUCGCGUCGUCUACGUGAGUUGUAACGUGCAUACGCAGGCGCGCGAUGUGGCCGUCAUGGUGCAGGGCGACGCCCAGAAGAACAUCCGGUAUGAGAUCGAGAGUAUCCGCGGGUUCGAUUUCUUCCCCCAGACUGGUCAUGUGGAGGGCGUUGCUAUCCUCAACAAGACGACGUUCCCUCAAGCAUGA